CAUUACCGACGACGAAGGUGGGGUGGGGGGUUUUGAGAUAAUGAACAUGACGACAAUGAUAAAGGCUUCUGUUUACACUCCGAAAGUUUCAUUCUUGUUGUAUAAUCGUCCCUCUCUGAUGAAUGUUUCAGUACAAGUAAUUUAUUUAGUUAAGAUAUAUAGCUUUUGUAUCUGCCUUUACCUGUCUUCUUUGUGUUUAGUUCAGAUUCCUUCCCGCCUUCAACAAGACACUGUUGGUCCUUUAAGGUUGAGCUCGGCCGUACUUCCCAUUCUCAAUAAACAACAUGUUGCUACAUGCGCGAGCUUCCAAUGUCGAUAUGCUAAAGACAAGACCACUGCACAGACUGAACCUGGUGAUGAUUCAAGAUUAUGGAUUCAUGCACUCAAGUGGCUAACUCGUUCCUGUUUUUGGAUAUCUUACUUCUGUUUGAUAUGGAUGCUUCCCAAGUACUUCAUUAUUACUUCAUUAGUUCUUCUUCUCACAGUUACCAUUGUUCGUGUAUCCAAAAAGACGGAACCAGAUAACGUUACAUUCGAUGAUUUGGUAGGUGUUGAGGGUCCCAAGGAUAUGUUACGAAAGUUGGUACGUGUACAUCAAGGGAAAGUUAAAUCGAGGGACUGUGAGAGGCAAGAGUAUUUUUCACGGUCAAUCAUCUACAUCAAAGAUGUAGAUGUCCUUGCAAGCCACAAAAGAAUUUUAGUCAAGCUUCACCGUGAGAUGGAGAAGUGCAGUGAGGAUGGAAAAGUGAUGGUUAUAGUCUCCACUAACAAACCCGAGACACAGCAUCCAGCUUUUAUGAGAUUACCUUACCUGAAAGUACACGUGGGUAAACCAAACACGGAUAGUAGGCGGACAAUUAUUGGUUUGCAUUUAAGGGAGUGUUUAAGGGAGGAAGACAAAGAAGCCAUCUGCAACCUUGUUGCUUCCGAAACCCCCGGCUUUGUUUGGGCUGAUCUUGAAAAGGCAACAAAGAAGGCUAUGAGACUUGCUAAUGCAAGAGGAGACAAUCAUGUGACAAUGGAGCUUGUUCUUCAAGCUGUUGGAGUGGUCAAGCCGUAUAUCUGCUGCGAUGAAAAUGAAGCAACUGUACAAGCUUAGGCUCAACAGAUGUGGAUCCUAUAGCAUUCGGAUAUAAGAACAAGCCAUGCCAUGGUUGAUUCAAUGGCAUUUAGAUUUCUAAGCGUUAUCUGUUUAAUAAUAUGCAAUUUUCUAGUAUUAUCAUCUUAACAUUUGGUUAGCCACUUGAUUAAUGUUAUUAUAUUGUAGCUCCCUGUUCCAUCAGGAGUAGGUAUGGGUUUAUCAGAAAGACUAUGUUCAAUCCUCUCGUAAUGUAUAAUAUAACUAAAAGUGGGGUGGGAUUUGGCACCUAUAAUCUCUCAUCUUGAGUUUAA